UAACUUAAGUUCCUAGAGGCCCCGGCUGGUGUAAAGACAGGAGGUGUCAACGUUGUCCAUCCCUUCAUUAUUCAGACACAUCUCCUGCGUUCAAAAGGAAAGGUAAAGCAGAGGGAAGAGGAUGGCAGAUAUGGGAAUUAGGAUGAAGCUGAUCUUAUUGGUUGCUGCAGUGGUGACCAUAGCUUGUAUGACUCUCAUCGCUUUGAUUCUCUCUCUUGCUAAUAAUCAGACUUUGAAUCGGUCAUACUCAGCACAGUAUGGGAUCGUGCUCGAUGCCAGCUCCAGUCGCACGGCGCUCUUCCUGUACCAAGGGCUGGGGUUCAAAGAGAACGAAACUGGGAUAAUCACGCAGAAACUGAGCUGUGAUGUGGACGGUGGUGGCAUUUCGAGCUAUCAACAGAACCCCCCGGCAGCUGGAGAGAGUCUUAAGAAAUGCUUGGAUGUUGCCAAGGCAGCGAUCCCAGAAGGCCAGUGGAAGGCUACACCUGCUUACCUUGGUGCUACUGCUGGCAUGAGGCUGCUGAGAUUACAGAAUCAAAGUCUAUCAGAGAUAAUCCUGGAAGAAGUCGGCAAAACAAUCCAAAGUUAUCCCUUUGAUUUCCGAGGGGCCAAAAUAAUCUCUGGGACAGAAGAGGGAGCUUUUGGCUGGAUCACCAUCAACUACCUCUUGGAGAGCUUUGUCAAGCACUCAUUCGAGGGCUUUUGGAUCCAGCCUAAAACAAGAAAGAUUUUUGGAGCUCUAGAUCUCGGUGGCGCAUCAACACAAAUUUCAUUCAUCCCAAACGUCGCAGUGAAAGACCUCACUACUAUUGUAAAUAACAAGCUCUAUGGGUUCAAGUAUGAGCUGUACACACACAGCUACUUGUGCUACGGCAUGGACCAGGCUUUGAAGAAACUUCAGGCCCACCUUCACAAGACUUCUGGGACAUCAUCUCCCAUCAGUCACCCAUGCUACCCCAAAGGAUAUUUACUCAAAGUUACAAUGGCUGAACUUUACAACUCCCCUUGUGUGGAGAAACCAAGCAAUUUUAACUCCAGCGCUACAGUAACUUUCUCAGGAACGGGUAGUUCAUCCCUCUGUCUUUCUUCAUUUGAGAAUGUUGUUAACCUCUCAGACUGUGCCUUUUCUUCAGACUGUGGUUUCAACGGUGUCUAUCAGCCUCCUGUCAAUGGAGAAUUCUUUGCUUUUUCCUCGUACUUCCAAAUCUUCAACUUUCUUGGUCUUGCCCCAAAAGCUCAACUGACACAGGUUCUUUCCACCAUUGAUACUCACUGCAACAAAGACUUGGCCACUCUUGUUGUUGAAAAUCCAUCCGUUAGUGUAAUAACUCUGAGGGAUUAUUGUGCUUCUGCACAUUAUAUUAUGACUAUUCUCCUGAAAGGAUACAAGUUGAAUAACACCUGGGAUCAAAUCUCUUUUGAGAAACGGAUAGCAGACACAGAUAUCGGGUGGACGUUGGGCUACAUGCUGAACCUGACCAACAUCAUCCCCUCUGAACAGCCUGGAGUGGUCACAGGCGUGCUGCGCAGUCAAUGGGCGGCUCAGACUUUCUUCAUCGUAUUUGUCCUCUUCCUCAGUCUUCUUCUUAUAGUCAUCCUGGUUUUCUUCACAAAGACGUUACCAGCAGCACAAUAAAUUAUAUAUUUUGACAUUGAGAUGACAAAAAUUAGAUGUUUGUUUUUCUUUUGUUGCAUUCUGUAGCAGUUAAAAGUUCAAUGUGACCAUGUGAGGAAAUGUUAUGGAUGAUACGACUUCUGCUGUAUUUCAAGGACAAAAAUACAUAUAUUUAAAAA